CCAGCAACCCCCGAACCCGCCAAGGAAGGCCCCAACCCUUUGAACCUCUUCAUUUUCGUAUCUGUCUUUCUCUCGCUCUCUCGCUCGCGCGCACACCUCCAUCUUCGACCGCUUCUUUCUCCCAGGGGCAUAAUGUCGAAUUUUUGGCAGACUCUAACUGAAGGCUUCAAUGGCAUGCUGAAGGCUGGUAGGAGCAUGACCACCAAAAUGAGCAUGACCACCGAAAGGAAUGAAGAAGAGCUCCGCCGCAUGCAUGAAGAAUGGAUGGUGAAGUAUGAGCAAACAUACGCGAAUGCUGAGGAGAAGGAGCGGCGCUUCGUGCUCUUCAAAGAGUCGGUGGAGAAUUGCGACCGUUACAAAGAGCAGUACGAAGGGUGCAGAUUUGCACCAGGUUGGCUCGCUGAUAGGACUAAAGAGGAGUGGGAUGCCAUAUUGCCCCCUAUGAAACCUAUGGACAACAGAUGGGAGGAGGGAAAGAUAGUCACUAGGAGGGGGGGGAGAAUGACAGUCACUCGGAGGGAUGUCUCCAAGCCGCCCAAUUGUGGCGAAGGCUGCUAUACUGGGAGGGAUGUCGUCUCCGAGACAUAAAAAGAGACGGCACACCCGUGGUGGCGUGGCUAGUGAGUUGAUAGGUCAGGUUGCUAGAAGACAUAUAUGCUAGAGUACUUUAGCAUUUACUGAUUUUAGUAGUAGUGUUGUAAAACUCUCUUAAGUAACAUUCUGCUGUGAAACUCUUUUGAAUCAUCUAUCUACAUCAUCUAUCUACUAUUGACCUGCUACUAUCUAAAAACUGCCGAAACUUUGUGCCUUA